AUGGAAAAAUGUGCUACUGCUGCAACAACAGUAAAUUCUAUUGAAGUUUUAAUUGAUUUUACUCGACCUGAUGGUCAACGAACUCGACCGCUUCUCGUUGAUGGCAAACGGUUGUAUGUAGAUGAGCAUUAUAUUUCCGUCUGGUCUCCUGUUUUACGAGCAUGGUGUGUAGAAUGUCCUGAUCGAGAGCUAAUUCUUGCAAAUGUGCAGUAUGAUCACGUUCUGGAAAUGCUUCAGUGUAUUCAUCCAACUUAUAAGGAAGUUGAUGAUCAGUCUGUUCAUAUUUUAUUACCACUUGCUUUUGACUAUCAGAUGGAUGGUCUUCUGCAUCGCUGUGAAUGUUUUCUGGUGCAGCAUAAAUUGCCGUUCUUGGAAAAAGUAUGGCUUGCUGAUAGAUAUAAAUUAAAUCGCUUAUUGGUUUUGUGCUUGCGAGAAAUGAGGCCUAAUUCUAAGAUUGAUCUUACGGGUAGUCGGUACUAUGGCUUAAGUGAUCGUGUCAAAGUAUUACUUUUAGAAAGGCUUCAUGGUUCUGCUGCACCUGAGGAAAUGUUAGAACAACCCACUGACUUGGAUCAGAUUCAUCGUCCCACUGAACUUAAUUUUGCAACAAUCCGAGCUAAAACAGGUCGUGUCUAUUACAUCAACCCGUAUUAUAUUGUUGCAUGGUCGAAUAUUUUCCUGGAACGAAUAUCAUCAGUGAAUGGCAUGGACGAAAUGUUUUCGCCAUGCACUCAUGAAGAGCUGAAAGCAUUUUUAAUGGCUGUCUACCCACCACAGCUUAGGAUAACAGAAGCAAAUAUAGGACCAGUAUUGAUGGCGGCAUGUAAAAUGGAAUCACCUGGUUUGUUGAGGAAAUGUGCUAUGUUACUUCUUGCACCUUAUACUCAACUGUCGGUCUUUGUAAGACUAUCAUUAUUGGAUCGAUGUUUUCUGUAUCAGUUGCUUGAGCCCUGUCUCAAAAUGCUGCAACGACCUGAGCAUUUAUUAGAAAUGACUCAACAACAAACUUACGAAUGUUUAUCAGUUCGAGCUCGUGCCGCAAUGUUAGAUCGUUUGACCACGCUACUCAGGAAUCCGGGCAUUCAAUUACAUUCCUGCCAUAGAUGUAAACAAUUUAGUGGAUGUACACAAGUAACUUGGAUGUGCCCUCAUUGUAACACAUAUUCCAGUGAUGCAUCUUUACCGAAGAAAUUGGCAGAAAGUGAAAUAUCCUGUAUAAAACGGUAA